UCGUGGUAGUCAUGGUAUUGAUGGUGGUCAUGGUAGUGGUGGUGGUUAUGGUGGUGGUGGUGAUGGUCAUGUCGUCGGUUGUGGUGGACUUUAUUCUGCGUCCUCAUCGAGAUUUGGUGGUCACUGUGUUAAUUAUCCUGGUUCUUAUUAUGCGAAUAACGGAAAUGACUAUACUUACCCAAUGGAGAAUAUGUACACUCUUGAUCCACCUGUUGUACCACUACAGCAGUCAAGAUUAUUUUUGAAGAAACGCAAAAACGAGAAGGUUUAUACAUAUUUGCUGAUAGAGAUCACAAAAGCAAUGUUGAAUUCUUCCAACACCCUUUCUCUCAAGCUGAAUGUACACUGCAAAAUAUGUGGAGUGAAACUGAAAAAACGACUGCAAAAAAUUAAGGGGGUUCAUUCAGUGGAAAUUGAUCAAGAACUUGGGAAAGUAGUCAUCUCAGGCAUUGUAAACUCUGCAAAAAUCCUAAAAAAGCUUGAAAACUGGGGGACAGAAGCACAACUCUGGCCAUGUGAACAAUUAAUAGUGAAUGAUCCAAUGAAUAAUUCGGACAUUGUGACGCAACUGGGGCAGCUGUCUGAUAUCCCACGAUUGCAUACUGUGGAGACGACCGUAACCACUAGGCUAACUUUUCAAGGAGAAUCAACAAGUAAUAACCCCCGGAUUGCACAAUCGGAAGUGAUUUCACACGGUGGUAGUGUUGGUGGUCAUGAUAGUGAUGGUGGUCAUGGUAGUGGUGGUGGUUAUAGUAAUGGUGGUCAUAAUAGUGGUGGUCAUGGUAGUGGUGGUGGUGGUUAUGGUGGUGGUGGUGGUCAUGGUGGUGGUGGUGGAUAUAGUGGUGGUCAUAGUAUUGGUGGUGGUCAUAGUACUGGUGGUGGUGGUUAUGGUCGUGGUGGUGGUAGUCAUGGUAGUGGUGGUCAUAGUACUGGUGUUGGUGGUUAUGGUAGUGGUGGUGGUGGUUAUGGUGGUGGUCAUGGUAGUAGUGGUUAUGGUUAUGGUAAUGGUGGUGGCGGUCAUGGUAGUGGUGGUGGUUACGGUGGUGGUGGUCAUGGUAGUAGUGGUGGUUAUGGUAGUGGUGGUGGUCAUGGUAAUGGUGGUGGUGGUCAUGGUAAUAGUGGCGGUUAUGGUGGUGUUGGUCAUAGUACUGGUGGUGGUGGUCAUGGUAGUGGUGGUGGUGGUCAUGGUAGUAAUGGUUAUGGUUAUGGUAUUGGUGGUGGUUACGGUGGUGGUGGUGGUUACGGUGGUGGUGGUGGUGGUUACGGUGGUGGUGGUGGUGAUGGUAGUAGUGGUGGUUAUGGUAGUGGUGGUGGUUACAGUGGUGGUAGUUAUGGUGGUGGUCAUGGUAAUGUUGGUGGUGGUCAUGGUGAUUAUGGUAGUGGUGGUGGUGGUGGUCAUGGUGUUAAUUAUACUAGUCCUGGUUCUUAUUAUGCGAAUAACGGAAACAACUAUUCUUACCCAAUGGAGAAUAUGUACACUCUUGAUCCAUCUGUGGUACCACUACAACAGUCUAGUGGUCGUCCUAAUCCAUCAGCCCCUCUUAUGCCGCUUGACAAUUUUAAUCAGGCACCACCAUCACCACCUGCGUUCUCGUCAGUUCCUCCUCCCUAUCACAGUGUCUUAAGUGAUGAGUACACGAAUGGCUGCAUAAUCCUAUGA